CGCGUUUUCUGUCACGUGAGGUCGCUCCGGUUCCGGUAUGCCAAAGCGCUCCUACCCGUUCGAGAAUGUAUCUCCGCUGCAGCUCAAGACUCGUGUGGGCACCAAGGAGCUGAGCCUCGGGGUGCUGGGGGAGAAGUACCGCCGGGAGAUCUUCGAAAAGACCAAGAAACUUCUGUUCAGUGGGGCAAAGGCUUUUAUGGGCAACACAGAGCACCAGAUGGAGAGUGCGGAAGAAAGAGACAGCAAUGCACAUGCGCUACUAACCGGACAAACCAUUAUUGGCCAUGAUGGGAAACUGAUGCGAAGCUCCAGUGCACAGAAGUUGCCGCCUGUGGGUGUCACCAAAGCCUGCUCUUCCUGUGUCCGGUCAGUGGGGGAUAAAGAGUGCUGCUCACAGUGUGAGCGAUACGUAUGUCGCAAUUGCUGCAAGUUGUGUAGCUGCUGCAGUGCAGUAACCUGCUCGUUCUGUGGCAUUCCUGUAGAAAACAACCUCAGCGAACAAGUGUUCUGCUCUUCCUGUUCUGUGUUUGAAGUCUAAAUGGAUUUUUCUGUUUUUGUGGAUUCCCUUUUUUAUAUUAAAGUUGUAAUUUUAUAUUUGUAUUUUAUGUAUAACAGUUGCAAAUAAAUAAAUCUUUAUAGUAAA